ACAGCUGAUGAAGUCCAACCCUUUAGCUGCCGACGCUACGGAACUGGCCGAGCAGCUAGCCGCCUCAUGAAUCUGCUCUUUUAGACUUCAGUGAAGGUGUGUUAGGGAACAGAGGCAGGACAUGUGGACGUGUCUCCACAGCCCGCUGGUGUUUGACAACCACGCGUUGUUCCUGUCAGUCAUUUUUUUCUAACUCGUUUAGUUUGAUAGUAAAGCAGAGGAGUGUCAUGCUAACCGGCUAACGCUAACGCAGCUAGCUUGUUAGCUGUCUGUUUGUUAACUACUUUGGCUCAACUCAGAAUAAACUGCAUGCUUUCAACUGAAACGCCGAGCCCUGGUUGAGAACUGGACCCGAGCCUUGAGCUGUCUAUGAUGUCCAGACCUUUUCCUGUUGCAUCACCCGCUUCCUCUUGGUCCAUUUAACCAGACAUUUAUUAGAACUUACCAAAUCCUGUCUCUCUGCUUGGUAACAGUAUGUUGAUAUACGCUGACCCCACCCAACCGUCUGGGAUAAGAAUCCCUCAAAAUCUAGCUCUCCAAAUGAUAUGAUAGUAGCCGCCUGGAUAACUUAUUGUGCCUGCAGAAGCCUUGCUCGGGUUCUGCUCCUCCUUUCCUCCUCAAACUCCCUUCCUCCGCUUUGGGAGACCCUUGCCAGCGUCGUCUCCAGCACCGGAACCAUGGGUAACAGCUGCGUGUGCCGGGAGGACAGUGACUUAGAGGACCAUCACCAUGGUUCAUCAAGAGCAACCCGAGGACAAGCUCGGCGGGUUGACCAUGGUACAGGCGUAGGUGUUGAUGCUGGAGAGGCCCGAAGCAGUCGACCCAGGGACCCAGUCAGGCCGCCACGUCGAGGGAGAGGGCCCCAUGAGCCGAGGAGGAAGAAACAGAACGUGGAUGGCCUGGUGCUGGACACAUUGGCUGUGAUCAGGACACUUGUUGACAAUGACCAAGAGCCCCCAUACUCCAUGAUCACUUUGCACGAGAUGGCAGAGACAGAUGAUGGUUGGCUAGAGGUCGUCCAGUCUCUGAUUCGAGUGAUCCCAUUAGACGAUCCACUUGGCCCUGCAGUGAUCACCCUUCUGCUGGAUGAGUGUCCCCUACCAACCAAGGAUGCGCUCCAGAAACUCUCUGACAUGUUGAGCUUGAGUGCGGCCCUGGCGCGGCAGGAUGCUCUGAGCCCUGCUAAACACAGAAACACUACAGCUGUGCUCGGAUGCCUGGCAGAGAAACUGGCUGGUCCGGCCAGUAUCGGAUUGUUGAGUCCUGGAACCCUCGAGUACCUUUUAGAGAGCCUGAGCUCUGAGGCACACCCGACCGUCAUGCUGUUUGCUCUCAUCGCUCUGGAGAAGUUCUCCCAGACCAGUGAGAACAAACUGACGGUGUCUGAGUCGUGUAUCAGCACUCGACUCUCUGUCCUGGAGUCGUGGGCAGAGCAUGCUGACUACCUCAAGAGGCAGGUCGGAUUCUGCUCACAAUGGAGCCUGGACAACUUGUUCUUAAAGGAUGGGCGUCAGUUCACCUAUGAGAAGGUCAAUCUCACAAAUAUCAACGCCAUGCUCAACAGCAAUGACGUUAGCGAGUACCUCAAGAUCUCCCCCACGGGACUGGAGGCACGGUGCGAUGCCUCCUCCUUUGAGAGCGUACGGUGCACAUUCUGUGUGGAUUCAGGCGUUUGGUACUACGAGGUGACGGUCAUUACUUCAGGCGUGAUGCAGAUCGGAUGGGCCACCAAGGACAGCAAGUUUCUCAAUCAUGAGGGUUAUGGGAUUGGAGACGAUGAAUAUUCAUGUGCAUACGAUGGCUGCAGGCAGCUCAUCUGGUACAACGCUCGCAGUAAACCUCACCCUCACCCCUGCUGGAAAGAAGGAGAUGCAAUCGGCUUCCUGUUGGACCUCAGCAAGAAGCAGAUGAUCUUCUAUCUGAAUGGACACCAGCUGCCACCAGAGAAACAGGUCUUCUCCUCAGCGACGUCUGGUUUCUUUGCGGCAGCCAGCUUCAUGUCAUACCAGCAGUGUGAGUUUAAUUUUGGGGCCAAGCCUUUCCGUCAUCCACCCUCUGUCAAGUUUAGCACCUUCAACGACUUCGCUUCCCUCCUGCCUAGUGAAAAGAUCAUCCUACCCAGACAUCGGCGUCUGGCCUUACUAAAGCAGGUCAGCAUCAGAGACAACUGCUGCACGCUUUGUUGUGACGUCAUGGCUGACACUGAGCUGCGGCCCUGUGGACAUGGUGGUAUGUGUAUGGAGUGUGCCUUACAGUUAGAGACGUGCCCCCUGUGCCGCCAGGACAUCCAGACCCGAGUCAGACUCAUUGCACAUGUGUCCUGACACACUUCCUGCUCCUCCUCCAAUGAGGCGAGACACACAAGCCCUCGAUCCUCCUCUCCCUCUAAUCCCCUCUCACCCAACAAAGCUGUGAGUAUGGUGCCACAGUGUUGUGAUGACACCAGAACUGUUUCUUCUGGUAAGAGGAGGUGACGAUGGAGAGACCGAGAGGAGAAAAGAGGAGGGGGAUUUUAACGUCAGAUGGACCCCUGGGAGCUUUAUCUCAUUUACAAACAUCUCCUCUUUUGUAGUCCUCUGAUGAAUCACUGCAGGAGCUGGGCCAAGAAUUGUCAACUUUCUGCUCUGUGUGAUUUUCAGAGAAACAAGGAAGAAGGGAGGAACAGAAAAAUGUAACCAUUUAGAUGGAACAACCUCUCAUCUGCAAGCUCCAGUGUAUAGUUAUCAAUCUUUCAAUGAUAGGAGGAUCCCACUGCGCUCCAGCCCAGGGCUACUACUCUUUAAUCCAAUCACAAUCAUCAACAGAUCUGAACGGGCCGAGUAGCAGAGAGAGCACGGCCUGAAGUGCAGUAUUUAACACAAGGUACAGAGUUAUAAGAGAUGUUUAUCAGUGUCAUGUUAUCGGUAAUGACAUGCUAAUUAUGGAAUUCUCAAGGUAGCAUUUUCAUCCUCUCAAGGUUUUACCAACCCCCGCUCUGAUCUGCUUCACUGCUUGUACUGAUUGAUCACACAUUUAUGAGAUCUGCCGUCAUCAAUCAAGACACACAGAGUAAAAUAUCACGUGCUCUUGGUGUUGAGAAGCUCAAACGUUUCAGAAUUACCCUUUGAUUUGAGUUUCCUGAUUGGGAUUGCAAAAGUGAAUAAUCAAAUCAGCUGUCACACUACCAAGAUCAUUAAGAAUACUGUUGUAUUUUUACAAGUUAAAUAUGAAAUACUUGAAUCUAUCUUUAAUGAUUCUCAGCACAGCUGACCCCGCUGCUUUGUGUGUUUUAUUGUCUUUGCUCAGCUGUCUUGAUGUUUCCUCAGUCUCAGUCAUGUAUGUAACAACCACAACAAAUAAAUACAGGGAUUAUCAUUUAUAGAAGUUAAUUCUGUAACUGUAAUCUUGUUUUGUCCCCAGGUUAUGAAAAAGGAGUCGAUGAGGGGGUUGUAUACAGUUUGAUUUCCUCCACCUUUUUCUUGGGUUGCUUGUUCCGUGCUAACAAUGUGGCAACAACUUGAGUCGCAGCACAACCCCGAUGUGUCCAGUUUAUCUGAGGGUAUGCACCAGUAAAAAUGACUUCAUAACAAACAUGCAUCUGAAUCAGGAGGUUCAAUCCAAAUGAUGUGCUUUAAUCGUAUUCUAUAAAUGAAGGCCAGCUGAUGUAAAAACCCAUGUUGAGAGGUACUGCAGGGUUUGUUGAUUGAUAUUGUUCUAGUGAUAAGUAAAUGGAUUAAGACAAUGUUAAAUUGUAUUUCUAAAUAUCAGUUUACUAAGUGUCCCAGGGUCAUUCUUUAUAUGUAUGGUUUGGAGUCUGUUUGGAGUUUAAGUGAUUGACGUACAGAAGCAGAAACUUCUCAGAGGACAGCAACAUGACACACUGAGUGUUGGCUUCACCACAGAAAGAAUGAUUAUCUCAUUUCACUACAAAUCAAAGUGAUAUCGUGGGAUUUGUUGUAUUUGGAUCAGAGGUGAUCCCUUACAGACACGUUUGACAGAUGGAUGUGAUCGAGCAACAUGUGGUUCUCCUCUUUGUGCUUUAUUUAACAAAGUAAGUUGUUCUCAAUUUGUCGCCUCUUCAUCUUUCAGCCUGUGUUCAUCGGAGCCUCAUAUUCUCCGUCUCUUUCUGCCUAUCUAUCCUUUACUUGAAGCAUCUCUGGGCUGACUGAACGACAGUAGUAUUUGGAAACAGAUGACAAAACAGACAAAUAAGGGGUAGUGGCUUGAGAAAAUUUAUAUUCGUGUAAUUUAAAGAUGCUCAAUGACAUUUCAAAUUGUCACACCGAAUUAUUGUAUUUUAUUUAUUUCUGUUUGUCAGGUUGUUUACGAAAGACUUCUUUUCCAAAGUGCAUGAACGGAAUAUGUUGAAUCAUCCAGCCUAUAUUAGACAAUAUUCAGAAAGACAACAUGCAUCCCUCUCAGUAUGACAGGAGACUGGUCCGGUCACUGUUUGCUAUCUUGUAUUUCCUGGAGCACCUUAAACAUGCAGGGGAGAUAAAUUAUACGGUUGGAGAUGAAGUUCAGGAUUGUAAAGAAUAGGUUGUAUUUAUAAACAUCUACAAAGGACUUUUGCCCCGGAGUUCCCAAAGAUGUGAUUGAUUGAUUGAUUGAUUGAUUGAUUGAUUGAUUGAUUGAUUGAUUGGAGAAUCGUUGUUUCCUGGAUUGUGAUAUUUGUAAUAAAUGUAUGUACAUGUGAC